AUGCCCUCUCUAUAUCAGGUCGUUGGAGCCGUAGUGACGCUCCUCAAUGGCGUGGCCGCAGCCAGCCGUGCCUCCCAUCAGCCCAGAGCCACCGUCAAGAACGGCACUUACGAGGGUAAAUACGUGAAAUCGCUGCGCCAGGAUCUGUUUCUCGGUGUUCCCUUUGCCCAGCCUCCGUUGGGCGACCUUCGCUUCCAAAACCCCCAAAGCUUAGAUACAGCCUUCGAGGAUAUCAGGGAUGCCAAAGAGUAUGGCGACUCUUGUGUAGGUUAUGGGAAUAGUGAUGCUUGGCCCCAUACCAUGUCAGAGGACUGCCUCACCCUUAAUAUUGUUCGGCCCUCCGGUUACGGUGAGGGUUCUAACCUCCCCGUUGGCGUUUUUAUACACGGUGGUGGUUAUUACCAGGACUAUAGCGCCAACGGCGUCUAUAACCUUAGCUUCAUCGUGCAGGAGUCCGCUCGCAUGAAAAAGCCAAUCAUUGGCGUGUCCCUAGACUAUCGUCUAUCGGCAUGGGGCUUCCUCGCCAGCCAAGAGGCUGUUGAUGCCGGCAUCGCCAACAUCGGCCUGAAGGAUCAGCGCAUGGGUCUCCGCUGGAUCCAUGAGAACAUAGCGGCCUUUGGAGGAGACCCCGCUAAGGUCACUAUCUUUGGCGAAAGCGCGGGCGGCGGCAGUGUAGCCUACCAGUCCCUCGCCUACGGCGGUAAGGAUGAGGGCUUGUUCAGGGGCAUGAUUAUCCAAAGCGGCGCAAUCGGCGGGGACGGCAAGGACCUAUCCUCCCGAACGGCGCGUUACAACAAGCUCGUUGCCGAUGUCAGAUGCGAUGGCUCAGAGGAAAAGCUGGCGUGUCUGCGGCAGGCACCCUUUGAAGACCUGAACAAGGCCAUCAUGAACGGAACUUCCGGGUUCGGCCCCAUCGUGGAUGGGGAGUUUGUCACAGACUUCCCCUCGGUUCUGGUUGAAGAGGGCAAGUUUACCAAGACUCCGCUCUUGAUUGGCACCAAUAGCGCUGAGGGGACGCUGUUCUUACUGGGAACCACUAUCAACACCGACCAGGAGGUUGCGGAUUACAUCAUGCGGUCCGGUCCGGAUGAGGAGACGACUAAGACUAUUAUGACGCUCUAUCCCAACAUAGACGCUCUCGGCUUACCGGAAAGCUUUGAGAACCCCCCUAACUCGCCGUAUGGUAGCCAGUAUAAGCGAGCCGUGGCUCUUGCUACGGAUCAAACGUUCCUCGCGUUCCGACGCUCUUGGACGAAUAUUUGGUCUGAUAAUGGUCUUCCCGUGUACUCCUAUCUUUUCGACUCCCCGCUGCCCGCAAGGCCGAACAUGGGUUCCUCGCAUUGGUACGAAAUUCCCUACGUGUUCUACAACACGCACGGAUUAGGAAUAGCAGAACAUAUCAACCCAUUCAUCAACGCGACGAAGGAGGUACUCCAUUUGGCCAUGCUCAUGAGCCGUAUGUGGGUCAGCUUCAUCCAUGAUCUAGACCCGAAUCACCACGGUGUUCGCUCCGUCGAGCCUUGGCCUCUGUACAACGCUACUCGGGGCUACGGAAAGAACUUUUACUUCCAUCCCACCAACUCUGGUACGCAGCCUGACACUUUUAGACUUGCUGGUACUACCUUUUUGAACUCUGUCGGCCGAGACCAAUACGGGUACUAG